CUGGGGUGGGGGGUUGCUGUUGCGGCUGGCCAGCUGAGUCUCCUUCUGGCGCGGCAGUGCGCUGACCGGUGGCCUGUCGGGGUCGGGCACCAGCCGCUGCAUUCUGCGCAGCCUUCGGAUCGGCCAGUGUGACUUUGGGCUUGGGGGGCGCCUGCUGCUGGAGGUGACGCCUGCCCGGCUGACGACAUUCGAAGGAGCGGUGACCCGGCAUCUCACAGCGCAGGCACCUGGUCGGCUCUCUGCAGUCCCUCUUGAAGUGGCCCUUUUCAAGGCAAUUGAAGCAGCGGCCAUCCCGUGCCGCAGGAUGGUUCCGGCAGGGAUGAAUCUGGGCCAACUGGCGCCCGCGCCUGCGCCGACGGCGUACCACGCGCCAGCCCCCGUCCUCCGUUGCGGCGUCCGACGCCCUCUGGGUGUCAGCGCGCAAACAGAUGCUGCGGUAGCGUGGCAGCAAGCUGCGGCGACCGGCGCUCCUUGGGCGGGGACGUCCGAGCUACCACAUCUCGAUAGGAUGGGCGGAUCUGGGGUACCCCCAGUUUUAGCUCAGAAAAUCUUUACCCAGAUAUUUUCAUACAUAAAUGUACAACUAUUCAACAGUCUACUUCGUCGUGAGUGUUGCUCCUUCAGUAACGGAGAAUAUGUCAAGGCUGGUCUAGCUGAGUUGGAGUUGUGGUGUGCAAAGGCAACAACCGAGUAUGCAGCUUCAUCAUGGGACGAGCUAAAGCAUAUCAGACAGGCCGUUGGCUUUUUGGUUAUAUUCCAAAAAUUCAGAAUAUCUUAUGAUGAGAUAGUCAAUGACCUAUGCCUGGUGUUGAGUGUUCAACAAUUGUACAGAAUUUGUACACAGUACUGGGAUGACAAGUAUAAUACCCAAAGUGUCUCAUCAGAUGUUCUUAGGAACAUGCGGGUGUUAAUGACAGACGAUUCCAAUAAUGCUGAAAGCAGUUCAUUUUUGUUGGACGAUAAUUCAAGCAUCCCAUUCUCGGUGGAUGAUAUCACCUACUCAAUACAGGAGAAGGACUUCUCGGAUGUCAAACCAGCCGAGGAGCUACUCGAGAACCCUGCCUUCCAGUUUUUACAGGAAUAGGGCUGUGCGAAGUCUCGAGUUUUAUAUUGCUAGAUGUCUUGUCAGAUCAUUUCUUGAUUUGUUGUAAUUUUUCUUUGAUCCC